GAUUUCUUCUGACUCAAAUUAUUUGCAGUUUCUCAGUUCGUCAACAAAUACUAAGGUGGGCUACAAUGGCAACAUCAGGAGUAGCUGCUAGUCCCAUAAAAUACUGUCUCCAGUUACCUGUACAAUGUCCACGGUUGCGUGAGAAGAGAGUUUCAGUUUCUAACUUCGGGAGAUCAAGAAGUCAUUGUACUGUUUCUACACAGAAGUAUCACCCAAGAAGAAUGCCUUUAGUGAAGUGUGCAAUGGAAGCUUCUUUUGGUGGUUCUACAGAUGACUCUGCUGCUAUCUUUCCGAGAAUCAAUGUGAAGGACCCAUACAAACGACUUGGAAUUAAUAAGGAAGCUUCCGAGGAUGAAAUCCAAGCUGCCAGGAACUUCCUAAUACAAAGAUAUGCGGGUCAUAAACCAAGUGUGGAUGCAAUUGAAGCUGCCCAUGAUAAAAUAAUAAUGCAGAAAUUCUAUGAUAGAAAGAACCCAAAAGUUGAUAUUAAAAAGAAAGUCAGGGAAAUGAAACAAUCUCGCGUUGUGCAGGCUGUCACUAGCAGGUUUAGGACACCAGCUACAAAGUUCAUCGUGAAAACUUCCAUUGCUUUCAUAGUCCUUGGAGCUCUCACAGUUCUGUUUCCUACUGAAGAAGGUCCAACCCUUCAAGUUGCCAUUUCCCUGAUCACUGCCAUAUAUUUCAUUCAUGAUCGGUUAAAGAACAAACUUCGAGCUUUUCUAUACGGAGCUGGUGCUUUUAUUUUCUCUUGGCUUCUAGGGACAUUCUUGAUGGUGUCUGUGGUUCCUCCCAUAUUUAAAGUGCCAAGGAGUUUGGAGGUGACAACUUCAUUGAUUACGUAUGUACUUUUGUGGGUUUCUUCCACGUAUCUCAUAUAAAACGGUUUCAUCAUCUCAAUUUUGUUAGAGAAGUGCCAAGAUUGUUGGUUGUAACCGCAUGUAUUGCUAAGAUCUAGUGAGAUUUUUGAUUCAAGAAAUUGUAGAUUUAUGAAAUGAAACGUUCUUCUUUGCUUAGAAA